UUCAGUUGUACCAGUUGAUGGAGGCCUUGAUUAGGAAUGAAACAAGGGAAUCAUCCUCUUUGAUGUAUCUUCUUUCAAAUUCUUAAUAGCCUCUUCUACAAAUAUUGGCUGAGGAAGUGAGUACAGUUGAUGGCAGAUGGUGCAUACGAUCAGGAUCUGCUCAGCGAAAGGGGCUUCUGUUGUCAAGAUGCAAGAAGAUCUUCAUGACAUCGAAAAUGUUUUCAGUAUCAUAGUUGGAAUAGAUGCUAUAGAUAGAUUAAUGCUCGAGCACAGUAUAGCCUGUCACUUGGAGGUGCAUAUCCUGAUUUAUUUUUGCCACAAGACAAGGGCACCUCUGUUACUCGUGAAGAAUCAAAUUUGGACAUAUCAUCCUUGGAGAUGGAGGUUGCUAAAGUUAAACAAGCUCCCCCCUAUUCCUGUUGACAUAUUUAUAGCCCAAAAUACUAAAGUUCUGGUCAUUACUGGCCCCAAUAUUGGAGGAAAAACCAUUUGCUUGAAGACUGUUGGGUUGGCUGCUGUGAUGGCAAAGUCGGGACGUUCAAAUGCAAUCAAUAUUGGUCAAAGGCUUGGAAUUGCAGAGGUGAUUCUGGAUAAUGCUCGUGAACUUUAUGGAGUAGCAAAUGCAGAAAUUAAUGAGGUUAUACUUGAGAUAUGGAGAGAUUUAACCAGAAAUUUCAUGAGCAAAUUCACGAGGCUCAACAUUACUUGAAGUAAGGAAUAAAUGAUGCUGUCAUGAUGGUACUUCAAUUCCUAAGGAUUGAUGAAGGAAUUAGGGGAGGAACCAUUUUCCUUUUUAUAUACCAUUGAGUUGUUGUA